UCUGUGUUUGACAUUAACAUCUCCAAAAUUGACAAGUAAACGAAAAUAAUUAAUAUAUUUUAAAACAAAAAAUCCUCUAAAAAUAGACAUUGAAAACGUGUAAUUAUUAGUGUUGAUGAAUCGUUUAGGUUUGUUGAAUAAUAUUUCUAGUGAAAAGUAUAAGUUUGCGAUUGUAUCCUUUGUUCCAAAAGUAAGGUUAUGUUACGAAAGAGCAUCAAAACAAGGUGAUUCACUUCGCAUGAUAUUGAAGUUUUGACGGUGUAACGGUUAAGUGGGCAUCCGUAUAUGGGUUGAGAAGGUAUUAUCUUGUACCUGGCUCAGUUUGUAAAAGGAUUUCAUCAUGGGUGAUCGCGAGAAGCCUAGCGGAUCGGAGUCGCAAGAUGACAAAGGAAAGGACAAUAGAAUGCCUUCGCAGCCUAUGCCUACUGGUUCAAGUGGCCCCAGCUUCUUUGCAAAUGAGCCAAUCCAGUUCCGAGUUCGAGGUUCAACCAUCACAGGGGCGUCACCACCUAAGUUUGUUACUCUUGAGGAGAUAAUGAAGGCUGCACAUGGUAUGCAGAAUAUGGCUCUGGCACAUGAAAUUGCUGUUGACCAGGAUUUCAAGUUAGAACCAUUUGAGCCACCAGAUAAUAGCUACCAGAAGUUAGUAAAAGAAACAAUGCACAAAGCAUAUUUUGAUAUACUAAGAGAAGAACUUAAUUCCGACCCUCCAGAGUACAAACAAGCUCUUGUACUUCUUGAGGAUGUUAAACAGGGUCUCUUUUCAAUACUCCUACCACGUCAGACUCGCAUAAAAGAAAUGAUUGAAGAGGUAUUGGAUACAGAGUUCAUCAAGCAGCAAGCAGAGAAUAACAGUUUGGACUUCAACAAAUAUGCCAACUAUGUGAUAGACCUGAUGGCCAAGCUCGCUGCCCCAGCCAGGGACGAGAUGAUACAGGAUAUUACUAAACUUACUGAUACUGUGGACAUUUUCCGCGCUAUCCUGGAAACCCUGGAGGUGCUUGAGCUGGACCUGGCCAACACGCUGAUAGCCAUGAUCCGCCCCCACGUGCAACAGGAGAGCGUCGCGUAUGAACGGACCAAGUUUGACGAGAUGCUCAAGGUUUCUGAAGAUGGCUUACGAUACACCCGAGAAUGGCUGCAGCGGCACAUUGACAAGGUGGAACUAACUUUGCCCGUGACAGAUACGAAUGUCAUAAGGAAUGUCACCGCGCAAACUUUAGCUAAGGCGUACUUGGAGCUUUUAGAGUGGGACAACUCUAAGAAUUAUCCUGAAACUGUGAUACUAGACAAGCCUCGCUUCACGGAAUUGGGUACUCAAGUGUACCGGCUGAUAUGUGUGACGUCACUAAUCCUGCUGAGCCCGUCUUGCGGCGCUGACCAGCAAGGCCAGCACAAACAGCGGCUGAAGGAGAAGCUGUUCAUCAUACUGGACAACACAAGUAAUGACAUAGAACUAAAAGUGAUCCUCCCAUCCGUGGCUGAAGAAGUGAUUCUCAUGACAGAACAACUGCUAGAAACUCUCAACCAAGAGCCGCUAACUAGCGAAACCAAGGAGCUCAUCAAAACACAGAUCUUAUCCCUGAGGGACCCAGAGCAUCGAGUCAGACAGAUUGUCCGUCAAAGGGUCCUAGAGUUCCUCAAGAUGAUCCUAGUGUGUGCGGGCGGCUCGCGUCAGAUCCCUGUGGGUCUGUCCGCUGUGACCGCAGAGUUGACCGCCGUAUCCGGAACCCUACUGCGAUACGUCAUGCAUAACAAAGCGGUCUUCACCAAACACUACCUGGACAUCGUCGAGGAAGAACUGAGCAAAAGUUAGGAUUGUCUACUCCGGUAUCAUACUGAGGACUUGCACCAUUACCACGGACAUGUCUCCACAUACACAAUUUGACCGUCAAUUACGUAAAUGAACGCAGAACUACUAUAAUUACGACAGUAAAUAUUACAAAAGAGAAUACAGAAAAUAUUUAGGAUGCAUAAUAAAUAAUAAAAACGAUCUUCACUAAAUACCUACUCACUCGAUAUUGUCGGGAAACUACUGAGCAAAAGCUAGGGAAGUGUAGACUCGAAUCUGGAUGUUUGUAGACAACGUAUGACAUUAUAACACAAAUUAACAAAAUAUAUAAAUAAGUAAUGAAAAAGAUACACAGGCUCAUUCUGUUUACAUAUUAUACAAAGGUUUGUAACCUUUGUAACUUUGAAAAUUUACAAAAAUCCGACAAACCACAAACAGAUGUUAGCUUCUAGCGCGUGUCUACAAAAUUUCUUUGAUUCUGAUUGAUAAACAUUAGAACAAGAAUCAAACUUGGUUUGUAUACAGCGCGCUUGAAAUAGACUCCUGUUAGUGAUGGACUGAAAUGAAAUCAAAUCAGAAAGCCAAGAAGAGUUCUUUCAAUGAAAUCAGAAAGUUAAGAUGAUUGUAGACUAGCAUUUUUUACAUUUUACUUACAACAAAUUUUUAAUAAGUUUAGUAAUAAUAAUAAUCAUUGCUUUAAGAUAGUGAAUAAUUGAAAAUGUUUAAACUUAAAACUUAAAUUGAUUAAGUUUUUAUGGGAACAUAAAAAUAACCUUAUUUUUAACCCACAACAAGUCACUGAUGUUGGUUGCCCUAUCCCUGUUCCAAACGUUAAAAUCGGUUAGACAGAUGGGUCAUAAAAAAACUAGCAGACAGACAGAUAAACGUAGGUACUUAUAAUAUUAGUAUGGAUUUAUGAUGUACCACUUUAGAAAGUUAUUUUCAUAUCAUGAGAUUUUAGUAAAUCAGUAUUUCAAAUUGGACCUAAUAAAAUUAAAUUUAUAUUUAUAUUGAACCGUUAGGAUACAUUAUUUAUUGAUUAUACAAAAGGAAUGUUUUAUAGAUAAGUACAAAAUUACGAGCCAAAAUCACAAAAAUACUUAUUAAAAAAAUAAACGUAGCUACCUACCUUCUUUUCAAUUAUUUGAAUAGGUCAAUAUUUUAUUGUAAAACGAUUUUUUGUAAUACUUGUAAACCUUUGAACAUGUUGCAACUUGCAACUAUGCAUUUUAUUGCAUUCCCAUUUACCUACAUAAUAAUUUAAAUUAACAUCAUUUAUUAUGUGUGAACUAAAUGAUUGUAUUGGAAGACGUGUAAUGUUUUUUUAUGUGCAAUAACUAAUAAAAUAUAUGGGUAUACCGAA